ACUCACGCACAGGCUACAGUAAGACAUUUGUCUUCAGUCUCUGAGGAGUAAGGUGGGAGGAGGAGCAGCAGAUAGGAGCAAGCAAGAAGCAAGCAACCAACUGGGGGAAUUCAAGCAUCACUGAGCUUGCUAUUUCCACGAUUCAAUUGCGGUUCGGAAAACCCUCACACACUUUCCACGCCCACACGUUUUUGGGUUGUGUGCCCAUCACCUGCCCUGAUUCUCUUUUCUUAUUUUUUAUUUUCCUCUCCUGCGUCUUCUCUCUCUUCCCUUUUCCCCUUCUUUCCUCCUUCACAUAUAGCACCUCUCUCUACUCGACGCUAGUAUAUAUCUUCAGAGGCGCAUCCAUCUAUCCAGCCAUUUCCGCCAGCCAUCAAAUAGCCUGGGACGACCUCCAAUUCCAAGCUUCCAACUCCACCCAGCUCUCCGGCUUUUGAUUGACACUUGAUAAAGCGAAGCCUUUUUUGUCGUUUACGAAACCGGUUCCUGCCUCGAUACCAUUCCUUCGGGUUGUCGCUUCUUCUCGGUAGAUCCUUCACCAAAAAGGCGUACUCGGCAACAUCCAAAAAACGUGGUGAUCGCCACUCCCUACUCCCUUUGGACCAAACAUCAACAAUUAUCACCUCUACCUCAUCUGCCACACCCCCUACCACCUGUGUCAUUAUUGUUCCCAUCCACGCACUCCCCGCAUAUUCAUCCUGCGUCCUUGCCCACUGCCCCGUUUCCCCUUUAAUAGCAUCAUACACCUGCACCCGUCUUCACACAACAGAUAUUUUCUCCUCCACUGCCACUCCACCUAACCUCUCCGCCCUCCAACAACCGUCCAACAGCCAGUAAUUGAGGUAUGUAUUAUAUUGCACUUCUCCUAGCUUCCAAACCAUCCCUAUCCACCACUAUCAUUGCCCAUCUUCAUGCUUCGUCAUGACUUUUUAUUUUAUUUUAUCUUAUCUUUUCCCUCCCCUUCUGUCCCUAUCCCGCUGUUGUCGGUUCUUUGCCGCUGUCGUCCACUUGGGUUUAAUGUCAUUGACUCGAGUGAUCCGGCAGCCUGUUGCAUCCACUUGCUGAGCUAUCUCAACCUCCGCUUCUAAACCCCAGCCUCCGAGGCGGCUGCGCUAUAUACCCCCUCCCUCCUAGGGGCAUUCUCUAUCAAAGUCUUCACCACGGCUACCCUCAGUUACCCCCCGUUCUCACGGGAAACAGUUUCGCCGCUCCAACUCUUUAUUCCGCCAACACCCCAGUCUUCCUACCCAUCGCCGACCCUGAGCGCGGCCGACAGGUACCAACUGCCCUCCCUGGAUCCCUCCCAGGGCCCGCAAGCCCACUAUUGGGGAGGAAGCUCCUCGGGAGCUUCCUCUACUACUGCCACUUCUCCCUCGAUUUUGGCACCUUCCCUAGUUUCAAAUACUUCGCCACCUUCGCUGUCGUACUUACAAUCUGCGCCCUUUAGCUACCAAUCCUCAGUCACCAGGACCCUUCCCACGCCGCCCACCACGAGUGACGCGGAAGCAAGACCUUUCCCUCCCCCAGCCCGUGAAGAAAUCUCCAACCUGGCUGCCACAUUAGCACAGAGCUCCUCGUUGAUGAGCACUCACGACAUGUCUUCAGGCCUUGCUGCGCGAAGGCAGCAACAUCCACUUCCCCAGUUCCAUCUCAACACCACCCGAGCACCCUACUCAAGUUUUGGCGGUAAUAGUGUACUUACUCCUCCACCAAUGGGGCCCAACGAGGUGACGAGUCCAUUGAGCAGUGGUGGUAGUAGUGCUGGGACGGUAUCUGCCAUGGGUCCGUUUUCCCCGGUUGGUUAUUGGCCCGCUACCUCGAAUAGUUCGCCUUAUGGUUACGGCUCAGCCUCAGCAAAUGCUUCGUACACGUCGGGAGGAAUACAGAAUUCCACAAACUCGAGCUUUGGGGUUAGAGGGUUUACGUCGCCCGGCGUAACGUUGAACAGAGGAAACAGCAGACCCUCAAGCCCUGCCACUGGGGAGUUGGUUCAUCCCCCUGGUUUUGAAAAUUCGUCGCCUUAUACAAGCGGGAUACCCAUCUCGACUAGUGCUGGGGGCCACCCAAUCGCUGCGGGAGCUGGGCCAGGUUUACCUUCGAUGGGGCCGGGGUCGAAUGUCCACAGCAGUUACGCUGCUGCCUACGUCCAACCAAGUCAGCAUUCUAGCCAGCCCCACCCCCCAAUGGGUAACCAAUCACAACAAAGUCACGAUCCCUACUCCCCACAAGGUUCGCUACCCCCUCCGACCCCCUCGCAACCCUAUUACGGGCAACAGCAACAGCAACAACAACAACAAAACCUCCAAAUGUCGCCCGCGAACAUGAUGGGCAGACAGAUGAAUCCUGUGCCCCAUUACCCGUCGUUAGUUCCACUGCAGCCGAACUACAAGCCUCAAUAUUCUCUUCCAGGGGUAGGUGGAACAGCUAUGAGUCCAAUCCUACACGGACACGCAGGCCCGAUGGCCCAUUAUCCUGGCGCGCACCAUCAACAGCAACAAACCGAGCGACCCUUCAAGUGUGACCAGUGCCCUCAAAGCUUCAAUCGAAACCACGACUUGAAGCGGCACAAAAGAAUCCAUCUGGCUGUUAAGCCUUUCCCCUGCAACAACUGCGAGAAGAGUUUCAGUAGGAAGGACGCCCUAAAGGUGAGAGCCGAGUCCUACAAUGGCCGAGUUUUUGAGAACAUCGAACUAAUAACGUGUUGCAGAGGCAUCGCCUUGUUAAGGGAUGUGGAAAGAAUGACCAUCUUCAAGGACAAUCUUCGCCUGCUGCUGAACAGGAUUCGAAACUAUCGCCUAGUCUCUCACCAGUUAGCACUAGAAACCCUGCCCCGGGACCAAACACCAGCCCACCAGGGAGCGCUGGUGGUAUGAUAAAGCACGGCUAACUAAUAAUAUAAUACCUUGACAACUUUUCACCUAUCUCUCGGUUCUUCGAGAUUUGUAAACUAUAAUAUUUUCUUGGUGGAUACCCUUGAUAUCUUUCGUCCAUUGUCGUUAUAAAGACCUUAUCCUUUCGGUUCUCUUACCACAUGUUCAUUCUUCGCAUUUGUUUUCGGCAUUUAUGUGUCCAUGGGUGCAACUCUUUGCUCAAUGUGUGGGUAGCGUUUUUUUCUUUUUUGUUUUUAUAUAUCUAUUUCAUGUUAAAAUAUUAUGGGAGGCUGGAGAAUUUCGUGUUUUUCUCGGCGGAAUGACUAGCAUGUUUUUCUGUCUUUCUUUAUAUGUAUGCAAAAGGCGCUUUUCUUUUGGUGUGGGCCGCGGUUGAUUUUCAGUAUUUUUCUUCUUUCCUCUCUAUUUAUAAUUCCUUGGGCUUUUGGAUUUUGAUUUCCUAUGGGGGCUGGUAAAGUCACGUAAUCUUUGGCUUUGCUGUCGAUAUAUCAUCCGUUCUAUUCAUCGAUUGGUCCACAUUUCGCUUUCUUCAUACAAUUGGGUGAGGCAAACAGCGGGAGGGAACGGGAUUUAGUGGUGUUGUGUGUUUUAUACCUGGGGUCCGAGGGUGUUUGAGUACCGACUGAUGGUAUCACAACAUGGCGGGGCCUUAUCCUGUUUGCUUGCAAUGAUGGCGAUGUUCAGUGUUCCCAACGGGCUAGGCCACUGAUAGACCAGGCCAAGGCAGGCCGCUCCGGCAAUGA